GUAGCAUGGGAGAGCAUCAGGAGGGAAGGUCUCAAUGGACCCAUGAGGCAUGGUUGGGCUGGGUCAGCUCGGCCCCGGCCAGACACGUUAACGACACAGUGUGUACGGGUUUUUACUCAGUCUGGUAGGCAAGCAGGUAUUCCCAGACGGACCACACCCUCGGACACAAUCAAAACACGACGGGUGAUGCGGCAUGUGCCACACAGCCGCCGAACCAUGGAGCCGACAAGAAGGCCAGAAGAUACUGGAGGGGCUAGCAACGGUGAUCACGCCCUCUCACUCGUUUCUCACGGUGGCCUGGCUGUGGUUGGUCCAAAAGCGGGUGGGUGGUCCGGCAACAACCCUAGCGGUUGCAUGUCCCAGACGCCCAUAGGCGGCAUGAUGAGCCAGUGA